AUGACCCCAUCCUCUAGAGGCCUGUUGGUAUCUCGCCCUCGAAUCGCCGCCGGCGAGAGGCCGAACAUUUCUGCCUGCUAUUCGAUGUAGGUCAUCUCGCGUUUUUGUCCGUCCUCCCGGUGAACGACAAGGCCCCAUCCUGAAGAAAAGAACAAAAACGAGCAUAAUGUGGUUGUUGUUGUCAUGACAGAGUUGGAGUAUAGUGUAGCGCGUUGAUCUCCUUGUCGGCGCCCAAUUUUUUCCGUCCUCUCCUUCUUUUUCUUCUUCUUCUUCUCUCGCUGCGCUCCGCUCCUCGCCUUUCGGCCGAUAUUACUUGUUUGUUCACAUUGCCUCGCUUUCUCCUUGACACAAAUGCCCCCCGGUCCUUCUCUCUCUCUCCCUUUACUUCUCUUGCAUUUUCGGACCGUCGAACAUAUUGCUCUUCUUUUCAGAAUGUCCGAUCUCAAGCAGCUCUCACUCAAGGAAAUCUCCGACCACAACACGAACAAAUCGGCUUGGAUCGUGAUUGGAAACAAGGUCUAUGAUGUGACCAAGUUCCUCGAUGAGGUGAGCACAUUUCGACAACUUUUGAUAAAACUCUGCGCGAAGCAGCGUGAAAAUCACGUGUUUGAACCGAUGGAACUGAACAAAAAACGUUCUUUCUGCGAUUUGUGGCUAACUUUUGAUUACUGUGCGUAGUUGAGGCACACAUUUUUCACAAACUAUGCCUGCUUUGCAAAAUUGUCUCAAUCCCCGUCAAAAACCGAGAUGAUGCGCUUGUUUUCAGCAUCCGGGAGGUUGCGAAGUGCUCCUCGAGCAGGCCGGAAACGACGGAACCGAGGCAUUCGAGGAUGUUGGACACUCGACCGAUGCCAGACACAUGAAGGAGGACUUCCUGAUUGGAGAAGUGAUUGAAGUGAGUUACAUUCCAAAUGCUUUGACGUAUCCAAACAUGUUUCCUUGUUCAGACCGAAAGAAGAACCUACUCCUACGACAAGAAGACCUGGAAAGCAACCACCAGUCAGGAUAACAAGCAGAGAGGGUAAGCGGACCUCAGACUUAGUUCUAAAUCAUGCCAUUCUUGCAGAGACGGCAGCGCAACCGACAACAUCGUCUACUUUGCCAUCCUUGCUGUCAUCGUCGGUCUGGUCUACUAUCUUAUCGCGUAA